GCAGUGAGCCUGCCGGAGGGGAAGAGCACCCAGGGGCCGCGACAGGAUGUUCUCCCCGCUGAAGGCUGCUUUUGCUCUCCUCUACCUGGCAGAGCUCAUUUCGUCCCGACCGCUGACGACAACCUCGUCCACCGCGUCCAGGCUGAAGCUGUCGGAGAUCACCCACCGCAUCCAGCAGCUCAACACGGGAGUGCAGGUCCCUUGCAAUGACACCAGAGUGGCACAGGUCGCUUUCACGGAUCGGAAGCUCUCGGAGCACGACUUGCUGUGCCAAGCUGCCACGGCGCUCGCCAAGGUCACCAGGUGCAAGAAUGACUACGAGCCCCUCAUCAUCAACCUGAAGAGCCUCCACGGCAAGGCGGGCUGCUCCCUGAGCACUGACAACGAGAUUUACCUGCGCAACUUCUUGCCGGAGCUGGGGAACUUCACGCAGGCGCUGUACCGGCGCCUCGCCACCACGGCUGCCAACUGAGGCACGCGCAGCCCCCCAGCUGGCAGCUCCCACCGAGCGAUCCUAGCCCUGGUAGUUCUUGAAAUAGGUUUUUUGCAGUGUUUUGAGCUCCUCAUGGCAUGCACUUCCCUGGUUCUGACUCCAGUCCUCCCAAACCCAACGCAAUCCUAAAUGCUCUGCACUCAGUCCUGGCUGGCGAUGGGAAACAUCCCCGUCCCCAUCACUGUCCCCAUCACCGUCUCCGUCCCCAACCCCACAGGCACCAGCACCUCCCCGGCUGUGUCUGACAGCCGGGCCCUGCAGGAGAGGCCCCGUGUGCGGGGCUGGGUGCUGGGACCUUUGGGAUGCGCGUCCCCAACCCCAGGCACGGGUGUCCCCAGCGCAGCCACCGGCGCGGUGCUGUUAACUCGUUCACCUCCCGAUGCAAACAAAACCAAAACCAGAUUAUCUGCUUCCUGUUCCCCUUAAGGAAGGGAGGCUUCUUCAUAAUUGCCUCCUCUUCCUAAAGAGAUCAAAAUCUGGGCUGAAAUGAAGCGUUUUCGCUAACGACCUGCUCCAGCAGCUCACCAGGAUCGCGGUGUGGACAAGCAGCAGGGAGGGAGGCGGCACGGCCAGCACGGCGAGCUCUUCAUGCAACUUGCAGUGUCUUCUAUAUCGUCAGUGGGCUUCUAAGUUAUUAAUAGCAAAGACUAGGAUAGUCUGUAGGGCAACUGGAUCCAAUGGGUGCUCAUGAGCAUCACAGUUCCAGAGAUUAUUUAUUAUAUUUUAUUUAAAUAACUUAUUUUUAUACUGCUUAGUCUAAAGAUUCACGAUCAAGAGGUCCUGACCGUGGAAAGCAGCUGCUGUGUGCUUUUCUUCAGUCAGGAGCCAAGGAAAAAGCCAGGAUUCAGAUGUGUUUUAUUUUUAACUUAUAUGAUAGUAGUUCUAUGGAAUAGUCGUAUUUAAAUUACUGCUACCUCACUCUUAGGGAACUGUUUGUGCCUAAUUGCCUCUUCACGACAUUCAACAAAUGAAUGUGUACUGAUGGAUAAUUUAUUGUUCCUUUAUUUAAAAUAUUCCUAUUACAACAGAGUUAAUAUAUUCCAAU